AUGCAAAGGUGUUACCAAUUGAACCUCCCUCAAACUUAUGGUGCUAGAUGUUGGGGUUCGUCGUGUGGUUGGGUUGUAACACUUGAUCUUAACCUAGAGAUAUAUAUGUUUAACCCGCUAACCAAAGCUCGAGUUCCUCUACCCUCUCAAACAACCAUGUUCAAUGACUAUGAGGAUGAAAUAAACGAUUAUGUUUGGGCACGACAGUGUUUUGUGAACAAGAUGAUUGUCUUUGAAACCGAUAAUGAAAGAGAUGACUACAUUGUUAUAGCAUUACCUGGUGCGUUUCCAGGUUGUAUAGCUUACUAUGCAAGGCGUAGUGACAAAGCAUGGACUUCAAUUUUUAGUACACGCAAACUACAAGGAUGGUUGUUGGAUUGGGUGACGGAUGUUGUGCGUUGGGGUCAAAAAUUACUAUUCUUGUAUCAGGAUGGAGCAAUUGGAUAUUGUGACAUGAGUGCACUUGAAAACUCAAAAAUCGCGACAAUUAUGGAGUAUUCGCCUAUUCCUAAAGCGUACGACCCAUGGCCCUGCAUCAAACAACAAUACUUGCUGGAUGCAUUCGGUGAUCUUCUCAUGGUAAGCAGACACAAAAUAGAUUAUGAAGGAGUUGAGGAUAAUAGUGUGAAUUAUGAUACAUUACACUUUAAGGUCUAUAGGUUCAAGUUUGACACAAAUACUUGGGUACAAGUCAAUGACUUGGGUGAUGUUGCGUUAUUUGUGGGGAAUAACACUUCUAUUCCUAUUCGUGCAUCACACAUUAAUAAUUGCAAACGCAAUUGUAUUUACUUCACCGAUGAUGAGUUCCAAUUUUGGAAUUCUCUCACUCUUUUCGGGGGACAUGAUAUGGGACUUUUCAACAUGACAAAUAAUGAAUUUGAAACCGUUUAUGGAGGUGAUGAUAUUCAUUCAAGUUUUUGCCCUUCUUUAUGGUUUAUGCCUAAGUUUUAA